GAAAAAUAUUUUUUAUUUUUUGAUUGGCACAGGAGUUAUUUCAAUUGCAGCAUAUUCCAAAUCUACUCAAAAUUGUUAUUUUAUUGAAUUAUUUGCUAAUAUAUAAAUAAAUGCAGCAAACACAAUAGUGCAAAUUAAAGUGAAAAGUGUAGUACAAGUGGUCAUAUUGAUCGUCUAAGAAACAAGACCUUUUACAAGUGUGCGUUCAACAUAGUGAAGUGGAAAAAUGAGUUCAACUGCUAGCCGCAAGGAAAAUGAAAGGACAAAAUUAAUACAGGAAAAAUGCCAAACUCUGCUGACUCAGAUGCUUCGCGAUGAGGACAAUAAAUAUUGCGUUGAUUGUGAUGCAAAAGGUCCACGCUGGGCAUCAUGGAAUCUGGGCGUAUUCUUGUGCAUACGCUGCGCCGGUAUACAUCGCAAUCUUGGCGUACACAUAUCACGUGUUAAGUCGGUUAACUUAGACACCUGGACACCAGAGCAGGUGAUUUCGUUGCAACAGAUGGGCAACUCGCGUGCGCGUGCCGUGUAUGAAGCACAGCUGCCAGAUGGUUUUCGUCGGCCUCAGACCGACACAGCGUUGGAGUCUUUCAUACGCGCUAAAUAUGAACAUAAAAAGUAUUUGGCACGAGAAUGGGUACCACCAUCGCCGCCUAAAGUAGACUGGGCAAAGGAAAUCGAUGAAGAAUUAGAGCGGCAAAAACGUAAGAAAAAAGCAGCUCAAGCUUGCACUUCAAUGGGAUUGAGUGUGAUGAGUGCCAUUGGUGCCGGCGGUGAUAAGAAAAGCAGUACAUCUUCAGCGUCUAUAUCUAAAUCGACGCCACUACCAGCACCGUUGCCAAAACCGAAGGCCGGACAAGUUGGAAGUGGUUGUAGCCCUAAAACUCAGCGUAUUACAGUGAACUCCAAUAUCGGCGAAGGCAAUCAGAGCAGUGAUCUGCUCGGUCUCUCCUCACCCACAAAACCCGUCCAGAAUAGUAUGGGUAAUAGCACAGGACAAGAUUUGCAAAAUGAUAGCUUCACUGGUUUCCUUAGUGCAACACCAUCCGCAACGCCACCUACAGAUCAAAGUAAAGCCGCGGAAUCGAAUGGACAAAAUACCAUACAAAACUCGCUCGCAAAGGAGGAGGAAGACUUCUUCAAUCAGGGAUCUCUAAGUGGUGGCGAAAAAGAUAAAUCAGGGAAACUAACGAAAGAUAGUAUUUUAGCAUUGUACGGUACGGCACCAACCAACAACGUAGCCUCCCACAAUCCGCACAGCGGUCAAAUGCCUUUUGCCCAACCACAACCCAUGUUUGCGGCAACUGGAGCCUAUUCAGGUGGCUUAGCUCCCGGCGGCUAUAUGAGCGGUGGUGGUGCACCACAUCCCCAGCAACAUCAAUUCAUGACGCCGCCAAAUUCCACCAGCAUGUAUAACGCUCCCGUUAUGACGGCUCCUACUGCAUUCACCGCACCCGGAAUGCAUAUGGGUGGCGCCGGCGCAACUGGUGGUUUCGGUGCACAGUUUCCGGGAACGACUAGUACUGGCGUGUAUACACAGCAACAUAUGUCCAGUCUUGGAAAUAUGAUGACUAACAAUGGGCAGCCGGUUAGCAAUUUAAAUCUUAUGCACACGAAUCAGAAUCUACUGAGCGGAAUGUCUAUGAUGGGCAUGGGCGCAACUACGACGGGAAUGAUGCAACAGCCACCAAUGAGUAUGAAUAUGCCAAUGGGGAAUAUGCAGAUGUCUAGCGCGUUUCAAACAGCACCCACAGCUGGGCCUGGUGCUACGUCCACCAAUACACACGGUCUAAACCAGCAAUUCAGCAACUUAAAUAUCGGUAAUGUGUGGCAGUGAGCGGACGGUUAUUUGCGGGUUGGUAAUCUGUAACGCCUGCGUGGUAUGUCGUCAAAACUCAACUUGCCUUGUUCAAUAUUUCGCAAUCGUAAACGCCGUCAACGGUGUGUUUUCGUGUUAAGUGUACAUCAAAAUGAGGAAAAUAUGCUUAGUGAUUAUAUUUUUCAAAAUAUUUAAAAUAUAUAUUUAAUAUUCCUUUAAUGAUUCGAUAAACAAAUUAAUAUAGAUAUGGAAAAUAUGUUUUCUAAAAUUUGCCACAAUUUAAGAUGCUUGUUAAUUUCCAAAGUCGUUUUUUUUUGUAAUAACGCACUAAAUUUCCUAACUUGCAUGUAACAAGAAAACACGACGAAAUUAUAAAUUUUUUGUUUAGAAGAAAAAAUCACGUAUAACAUUAACUUUCAAAAUUGCAGAUUUUGCAAUUUUCAUAAUAUAUGUCCAGUUCAUCAUAGUGCUCGAAAUUAUUUAUUAUUUCGUUCCUAAGUGUGUAUCAAAUGUCAAUGUCUAAAGGAUGCAGUACUUAACGUACCACACAGUAUAAAUCUAUGAAACAUGAAUGUAUAAAAACUUCAGCCAGCCGUCUGUUAUAAAUAAUAAAAAUGUUAGCAUAACGGGUUAAGUACGUGUGCUAGCAAAAUUGAGGGAAAAUAAUAUACAACUUUUUAAAUGCAAUAUAUAAAUACUUUAUUUUUAAACAACGUAAUGAUUCCUUAUUUUUUUUAUAAACAUUAAUUUUUUUCAUGGCUUAACAAUCCUCGAUCAGCUGUAUUACUUAAAUCGAAAUAUUGAAAACUGAGAUGAUGUAAAAAAUAUGCUUAUAUAUGUAUAUAUAUUAAAGCUUAGAUCAGUAUGUAUGAUGUGGAGGAUGUUUCCUUCCAAAGCUAAAUCGAAAUUUGAUUGUAGACCGCAACUUAAAUGAUACUUUUAAUAAAAAAAUUAAUUUCCACAUUUCUUUAAAUACACGA